UCCCUUCCUUUAACGAAAAUAUUAACUCUGAAGUGGAAAUCCAUGCCCCCUGCCAUUCGGAAGAAUCGGGUCUAAUAUGCCAGUGACAUCCCCGCCUUGCAGCAGUCGCGAUGAAGGAAAAAUCCAAGAACGCGGCAAAGACUAGACGGGAAAAAGAAAAUGGAGAAUUCUACGAACUGGCCAAACUCCUGCCCCUGCCCUCGGCCAUCACCUCUCAGCUGGACAAGGCGUCCAUCAUCCGCCUCACCACCAGCUACCUGAAAAUGCGAGCCGUCUUCCCCGAAGGUCUGGGUGACGCCUGGGGACAGCCGAGCAGGAUUGGGCCCUUGGAUAACGUGGCCAUGGAGCUCGGAUCGCACUUGCUUCAGACUCUGGAUGGCUUUGUUUUCGUCGUGGCGUCCGAUGGCAAAAUAAUGUACAUUUCCGAAACGGCGUCUGUGCACCUCGGCUUGUCUCAGGUGGAGCUCACUGGGAACAGCAUCUACGAGUACAUCCACCCCUCGGACCAUGACGAGAUGACCGCUGUCCUCACCGCUCACCAGCCCCUCCAUCCGCACCUCCUGCAAGAGUACGAAAUCGAGAGAUCCUUCUUCCUGAGGAUGAAAUGCGUCCUGGCCAAGAGGAAUGCAGGGCUGACAUGCAGUGGCUACAAGGUGAUCCACUGCAGYGGCUACCUGAAGAUCCGCCAGUACAUGCUGGACAUGUCCCUGUACGACUCCUGCUACCAAAUYGUGGGGCUGGUGGCCGUGGGCCAGUCGUUACCUCCCAGUGCCAUCACCGAGAUCAAGCUCCACAGCAACAUGUUUAUGUUCAGAGCGAGCUUGGACUUAAAAUUAAUAUUCCUGGAUUCCAGGGUCACAGAACUAACUGGAUAUGAACCCCAGGAUCUGAUAGAAAAAACCCUUUACCAUCACGUCCACGGCUGCGAUGUUUUCCACCUGAGAUACGCUCAUCACCUGUUGCUGGUGAAAGGCCAAGUGACCACCAAGUACUACCGGCUGCUGUCCAAGCAGGGCGGCUGGGUGUGGGUGCAGAGCUACGCCACCAUCGUGCACAACAGCCGUUCGUCACGGCCUCACUGCAUAGUGAGUGUCAAUUAUGUCCUUACGGAUAUUGAGUACAAGGAACUCCAGCUGUCACUGGACCAGGUUACCAUUUCCAAGUCACAGUUUUCAUGCAGGAACUCAGUACCUACCUCGCAGGAAACCAGGAAAAUUGCAAAACCCAAAAGUAGUAAAAUGAAGGCAAAACUCAGAACAACUCCAUACCCACCACAGCAGUACAGCUCGUUCCAAGCAGACAAGCUGGAGUGCAGCCAGGCGGGGAGCUGGCGCUCCAGCCCRGCCUCCAGCGCCGCCGCCGUCGCGGAGCAGAGCUUCCACUCGGACAGCGGCGAGCUCCUGUACGCGCCCCCGUACGGCCUGCCCUUCUCCUACCACUACGGCCCCUUCCCUGUGGACUCGCACGUCUUCAGUGCCAAGAAGCAGGUGCUGCCUGCCAAAUUCGGGCAGGCCCAAGGGGCGCCCUGCGAAGUGGCGCGGCUCUUCCUGGGCGCGCUGCAGACCAAUGGCGAGUGCCAGUGGCACUACACCAACCCGCUGGUGCCCGGCAGCCAGGCAGCCUCCAAAAACCUGCCCGAGCAGCCUGUCAACAUCAUCAGGCACAACCUGGCGCAGGGUUACGAAGUGCCCCUGGCCAACAGGAGGUACAGCCAGGACGCGCUGGCCGAACCCUUCCCGAGCUGCGCUGCACCCGUGCCGGGCAGGUACAAGGAGGAGCUCUACGACUGCGGCCUCCUGAAACCCAACAAAACAGAAUCCAGGAUACAGCCCCCUCCCCACCUGAUCAAGGAGGAGAACAAGCUGCCUUUCAGCAGAGAGCUGCAGGACAAAAUGAGUGUGGCCGAGGGCUCUUUCUCAAACUCCAUCGGCGGCUCCCUGCUGCCCAAAGCMGAGUGCUGCCAGGCCAAAGCCGUGGGACAGCUGAGCCACCUGCUGCCCGUGCCCUCGGUCUACGAGCAGGGCAGGAGGAUUUGUGGCAAAGAGCCCAAAUUUGGGCACGUCGGGCACCACCACACAGCUGGCCUGGAGGAGCUGGAGGGCGGCGAGAGGAUGGGUGCCAAGCUGCAGCAUGGCGCCGACAGCGAGCGGGUGAUGGAGGUGAGGCCUUCGGGACAAGUGCCCUUCGUGCUCCUCAACUACCACCAUGUGCUGGCCAAGCACGGCGCCUUCCAGAGCUCCUCAUGUGCAGCCGUGGGSCACACGGGGGAGGGUUACGGGUACAGCUCCGAGGAAGUGAACGCCUUCACUUACAAGAACCAGAGCCCCUCAUCCACUUCUUCUCCCGAAACCCACAAAGAGUCGGCACUGCCCCAUUACAUCGGGACUUCGGUCAUAAUCGCCAACGGCAGGUGACGGUAGCAGAGGAGGCUUUCGUGUUUAAUUGAGAA